ACUCGGGUCAUCACUCGCAACAACGUUGUUGUGCGGCCCGCCACACGUGGAGUCUUCUGCACUUGGCGACGCCCAAGUCGGCAGUACCAGUUUCGGCGAUGGCCACGAACGGGGGGACGGGAUGUGACACACCGAGCAAGGCGGAGAGGACGACGGUGGCAGCGGCCGUGAACGCCAUCCUCUUCCAGUGUCAAUUGCAGAGGGGCGAGGGGAGGAUGAGAGCGGCCAUUUGCGCACGGUGGAAGAGGACGCUUUGCGACGCCGUGCUGCAGGUGUGCUAUGCCAUGGGGUGUGGAGCAUUACCCAGAGCGACGCCCAGGUGGUGGAUGAAGCGACGGACAGGAGGGACGUGGGAGGAUCUUCGGCAAUGCGACGACGCUUUGGCGGACUACUUCAAGGACAAGCUGCACAUGUCGCCACGUAUGUUCCGAGAGAUCACGGAAGCUUUGUUUCCCUUCCUUGAACGGCGUGUCACUUUCUAUAGGGAGCCGCUCCAGCCUGACCUCAUUGUCGCGUACGCUUUGUAUAGGUGGGCGUUGGGGGAGACGUACGAGAGCGGGGCAUGCAGCUUCGGCAUUGGCAGAUCUUCCGGGUUGGUGGUUGUGCGGGAUGUAACAGCGGCGUUGUUGAGUGCGUACCCCGACAACAUAUCCUGGCCUACGAGUCUGCAGAAGGCGGUCGCCUUGCACGCUUUCGCUGACAAGGGUUUCCCUAACUGCCAUGGGUGCAUCGACUGCACCCACAUCUUCAUCGACAAGCCAGUGAAUUGCCCUUGGGAGGACUACUACGAUAGAAAACGCCGUUUCUCCGUCCAGGCGCAUGUCGUCAUCGAUUUGAACUUGUGCAUGCUGGAUGUGUUCGUCGGUUAUCCGGGAAGUUGCCACUACGUGAGGAUCGUCCACCUGUCCAGUUUAUGGGCACGCGCGGAGGCAGGGGAACUUUUCACUGGGCCACGCUUCAUGCUGCCUUUCGUUGUGUGGACGAACGGCUAUUUGCUGGGGGACAACGGUUAUCCGCCCUCCAAAUGGGUAGUCUUCCCCUACAGGGGUCUCUCACAAACCCCGUCGGAGUUGCGCUUCGACAACAAGCAGAAGACGGCGAGGAGAGUAGUUGAGAGGGCUUUCGGCAGACUGAAGGGGAUGUGGAGGUUGUUCCUUCGCUCCAUCAAGAAGAACAUGGAGACGUUGCCGCAGCAGUUCGUCGCAGUCUGCAUUCUGCACAACAUACUCAUCGACGUGGGCAUCCCAUUCAACCACAAUCUAGUGUGGGAGGUCGGCCUGGACGGUGUGCGUCGCAUGGUGGAUCUUGGGAUGGAGCGUCCCUUGAGGUUGAGGCCGAUGUGUAUGUAGUUUCCGAUAGGGGAUGCGCUCAUUCUACGA